CAGGCUGUGCACAAUACUACCAGGCCGACACAGCCGCUUUCAUUUUGUUUAUGUGGGUUUUCUUUAUUUCCUGUUCUUAUUUGAACUAGAUCAUUGAGCUGAAACAAACCCUCCCUUAAAGCCUCAGGACCCUUGGAACACAAGGAUAAUAUAAGACAUGACAUAAUAAAACAGAACAAUAAAUCUAAAACUCUGAAAUACACAAAAUACAAAACUAAUCAACUCCAGAUCAUGAACACUUGCAAACAUUGUUAAUGAUUUUACACCGACUAAUUUGUCAUUAUUAAAAACAAGUUACUGUAUAGACAUUUGAAAAAAAAAAUGUGUGUUGUCCCAAAUAAGUGCUUUAUAAUGAAAUCAACUGGUUGGGACGGCCUCACUACGGGAAUACUAAAACAUGUAGCCUAACUGUAUAGUUUAAUACAAAAACAACAGAUACAGAUGCAAAUAGCCCAGAGAGAAUAUAAUGCAGUAAGAGGUCACUAAAAUACUUACUAAAGGAAAUGUAGCUCUUUGGAUAGUGAACAUCUCUUCUAUGUAACAACAGCACUUUCAAAGUCAGUCACAAGAGCUCUAAAAGACCUUUGUUUUAUUCACAGUAUUUGUAGAUCAUGUAGAAAAGUUUUUCUGUGAAUGUAUUGAAUGUAUGGUUCUUCCUGGGAUUUUAGCAGCUUCUGCACUCUGAAUUGUUUUUUAUUAUUAAGUGCAAUAAAAAUCAUUUGUAUUGAUCUAAAUGUAAUUCAUAUGUAUGAACUGAUCACUGAAAAAAGCUACAUCAAAUGUUUAGUAACAGUAAUUGAAUAUAUUGAUUACUUCAUUGGUAUAGCUCUAAGAAACAACAUCAUGGUAUGGGAUUACAUUCAAAAAUAAGUUUGAGAUAAGUCAUAGAUAUUUUAUUUGUGUGAGCUUUAUUAUCGGACUAAGGUUUGAAUCACAUUGUGAACUGAUAUUUUAUGUGAAACAAAAACUCAUAUUUUCUAUUCAAUUUAAGAGCAAAUGUUUUGCUUUAUUAAGCCAUGAAGACACAGGCUACAGGGAUCUUGGCUUCUUUCUUGUGUGCAUUUAAUAUGCCUACUGAGUAGCAAUUAAACCCUUUGUUUUUAUAAAGAAUUAUAUCGUAAAUGUUAGGCUGGUUAUUAUAGCGAUACUCACAUCAAACAGUGAUAUUAAGUCAUUCACUUGUUUUUAAUCAACAACCCAAAAAAGGGACUGAAAGAUGACUAGGAUACUGUAAAUUCCGAGUCCUCGUAAACGCAUCCAAUGAAAGUGUUUUCGUCUCCACCGUCUGUUUCGUCUCGGAGCAGAGGAAAGAUGCCGGUGUAAAGAAGCUGCGCACAUGGAUGGAUGGAUAUGAAUAAUUUGGACGUAAACUAUGGAUAGGCCUGUGUUUGGGUUUCAGGAGCACCACUAUGCUUUUACUGGUGUUAACGUUGAUGGUUCCCACAGUCACAAACGCUCUGGAGGUUAUUGGAGGAAGAACGACAACGGUGCAGGGAGGAGCAGCUGUCCUCCCCUGUAAACUCAUUGAUACCACAGAGACCCUCACACAGAUUUCAUGGCAGAGAGUGACCAGAGGAAAACCUUGGACGGAAAAUUUCUAUACAAUCUCGUCUCAUUAUGGACCGAACUAUAUCAAUGGCCGUGAUGAUCGGUUUAGGUUCAUUGGGAGUUUAACAGACAAAGAGGGUACUCUCCAGUUAUCGAAUGUCAAACUGAUGGAUGAAGGCACCUACACAUGUAUGUUCACUUUGUUCCCCAGCGGGAUCCACGAGACAGCGAUACCUCUUAAAGUUCAUGUGCCUCCGGUCACAAGCCUGAAGGAUGCUCAUCCUGCUUUGGGUAACGACGAGGUGCCUCUUAUUACCUGCACGGCUGCUGGUUCCAAACCUCCUGCAGAGGUGAGGUGGCUCACUGGUACUCUGGGAGAGAAAGUGAGGCCGUCAACCAACUCCAGCCUUCAUGCUAAUGGUACGACUACCACAGUCAGCUGGCUGUUUGGAGCGCCUACCAGAGAACUCGACGAUCGUUCAGUCCAGUGUGUCAUCACCAGUCCUGCUCUAGAGAGAGAAGAAACCCUGACCUCCACCAUACAUAUCCACUCUCCUCCUCUGGAAGUGAAUAUUACUGAAAGGUCGGCACACUCCUUUGAAUGUCUCACAGAGGCAUAUCCAGCUGCGAGCUUUACUUGGACAAGAUCUGAGCAGUCGUGGCCUCAGUCCGGGGUCCGAGUUGACGGUUCAACGCUGCAGUUUCUGAGCAUCACCUCCGAGCUGAACGGCCUCUACCAGUGCGAGGCGUCGAACCUUUACGGGAGUAAACGUGCUUACCUCCGUGUGCAUUUCACCUCAGGAUCCAGCGCUGCCAGUUGGACCCUCUUUGUUCUUCUGCUCGUCCUCGUUGUUGCUGCUGUCUUCUGUUGCUUUUAUAAACGUAUGGAAAUUGCAAGAUUCAUACUACGGGAAGAAGGCGGCACACGAGGCAAGAUGCAAAAGGUUCCAACGACUUCCAGCUCACCUGACGGCCAUGACAGAGUAGAAGAAGAGGGAGGGGAAACAGAGGGACCACUUUGAAAUCAGCAACAAAAGAGGAUCACAGCUGGACUGCAGGUGAUUUGCAGACUUCCAACACUUUUCAUUCCUGACGCAGCCGGCUAGUGAAAAUAGGCAGCAUUCCUGGUGCUUUACAUUUUGUUGAUGUCAUUGGGUUUUAAAAAUACCCAAU